UAAGUAGAGAGUAGAGAACCGACAAGGAAAAAAACGAGGAGGAACACGAACUUAAUACCCAAUAAUAAUAUAAGAAAAAAAUAGAACUUCUGUGAAAAGAGGAAAGCUAAAAAAAUAUCUAUACACAUUCAUAUAUGCCCCGCAUGAAAUAAGUAUGUGGAAAAAGAAGUACAAGAAGCAGAACAUGAUACUGUAACAGCUACCAAUAAAUAUUUAUUUAUAACCAAUAACUGCCAUUGUAACGAAAUAACAAAAACAGAAAAAAAAACAAAAACAAAAUAAAUAUAAUUUUCAAUUUGAAAUAAUAAAAAGAAGAGAACAAAAAACAAAAACAAUAACUGCAACUACAGAAGUAACAACAACAACAAAAAGCUGCCACCACCAAUAAUAGUAAUAAAUAAAUAAAAAUAACAGCAACUGCAACUCGAACUGCAACCGAAACGAAAAUAAAGACUCCCCCUCAAAAAGAAAAAAAAAAAACAAAAAAAUAAACAAAAACCAUAACCUCAAUUCUUUUUUGGGCGAAAAUGAUUAUAAUUGCAAGUCCGUAAGCUGAUCAAGUUGAAAACGUAACAAUUGAAUUGAAAGAUAGCCAUAGCCAGCGGCAAGUGGUAAUCAAUCAAUUUCGGAUUAUCGUUUACCACCCCUCCACCCCACUUCUACCCCUUGGCAGUUUUGCCAUCACCAUGAAAUGUUGAGUAAAUGGUCCAUUAUUAUCGCAUACUGGCUCGGAAAAUGCUCCACACCAAGGUCCCGUGUAACAAAGACAACGCCAACGAGCUGAACGUAUAACAACGACGAACGUAUAACAACGACGACGACUUCGACGACCCUUGGAGCAAUUUUCCAUUUCAUUUCAUUUCAUUUCAUUUUCUCUACUGGUUUUACGUUCGCUCGUUCGUUCGUUUGUUCUUUGAUUAAGUCAAGACGUAGCAGAUAGCAGCCACCGCAGCCGGAGACCUUCUCAAGAAACUACCAAUGAAUGAAUCCACGAAUGUUUGUGCAACACGAGGACAUCAUACAAUAAGAGCGACGACGACGACGACGCCGACUACCGCAACAGCACAACUUGGGGCUGGUGCAACAGUCUCAGCCGCAGUAGUAGAGAGUUACUCAAAGAAGGGUGCCAGCGGGGCCUUGGAUACAGCCCGUGACGGAAGUGAGGCACCACAAUCCCUUGCGGCACCAUUAGCAUUUCGAACAAAAACUGCCGCUUACCAACUACGAAGAGUUCCACAACAAACGCAACAACAGCAGGGGGCCAGGAAACAGCACUGCAUCUUAAAGGCCUGGCUUAAAUGUAGCCGCAUUUGUUGUUGCCGUAAUACGCCGCUGUAUUUUAGCUUCAGAUAGCAAAACGCAUACCAACGACGUUAAGGCGUUCGUCUUCAUUCUUCCAGGAAUAAAUCAACAACAACAACAACAAAUAAAACAACACAAAUCACCAUAGUUAGUUACGCACACAUUUCCACACUCUCUCGUCUCUCUCUCUCACCCGACUCUGCUACCAUUUGCCUUUUUUGCCAACCAAAAAGAAAUUUCCAUCGUCCAUCAUUUGGGGGCUUAACAAAACGAAACGAAAAAAAUACUCCAAAGGAACGGAAAGUCCCGACAAAAGCUUAAGCUGGCAAGACAAACGGCCCUAAUUGCCAACUGGAAAAAAAAAUCGCCCAAAAAAAACUGUCAAGGAAACGAACUGAAUUGUUAACGGAUUUUUGCAUAAUUAUCCUGGCGGCAGGGGUGCCCGCAAACCAAGCAAACGUCGUGAUCUCCAGUGUAUGAGACUGAAAUGACAGCUAUUGUUGGUGGCAAAUAUUUUUUAUGAAAAGGCUUUCAUCUGAUUUUUGUCAACAGCAACAGCAAAAAACUACUAAAUACUCUACUCUCCAACUCUCUGAUCUGAUUGGACAACAACUAAACUAACAACAACAGCAACAAUAAAAGAAAAACUCUAAGAAACUAUCAACAAAAAAACUCUAUCUCUUCUAGACUCUGCAUCUUUCGUCACCAAAAAAAAAAAAUAAAAUAAAAUAAAUCAAACGAAUUUUUUUUCUCUAGACUUAAGGAUUAGUGAAAAACAGGACUCUAGCGGCCAUCAUCAAAAACCUACCAACCAUCACCACAGUCAACCAAAGGAGGUGUUCAAGCAACCCCUCGCGACUCAUUAGCAUUCUCUCAAACUCGUAAGAUUUCAAACAAACGGCAACGACGUCAUCACCAGCAGCAACAACAUCACCCACAGCAACAACGACUAACAUACAGCCCCCCCUCACCAACGACAACAAGAACAACAACUACAACAACAAGUUCAACUUGAUCUUUUGUUUUGCAUUUACAAGGAGGCACCAUACAAAACUCACAAAAGGGGAAAUGAGAUGAAGUGGUUUCAAGUGGCAUUAGAUAUGAUUCUUGUGCUUUCAUUCAUAUCAAGCAGCACAUCGAAUCCCGAUGCAAAACGUCUGUACGACGAUCUCCUUAGUAACUAUAACAAAUUGGUACGACCCGUGGUCAAUGUAACGGACGCUCUGACGGUACGCAUUAAACUCAAAUUGUCACAGCUGAUUGAUGUCAAUCUGAAGAAUCAAAUCAUGACAACGAACUUGUGGGUGGAACAGUCCUGGUAUGACUACAAACUGCAGUGGGAGCCCAAGGAGUAUGGCGGUGUGGAAAUGUUGCAUGUGCCCAGCGAUCAUAUAUGGCGACCGGAUAUUGUCCUCUACAACAAUGCUGAUGGUAAUUUCGAAGUAACUUUGGCCACCAAGGCAACACUCAACUACACGGGACGUGUUGAGUGGCGACCACCUGCUAUCUACAAAAGUUCAUGUGAAAUUGAUGUCGAAUAUUUUCCCUUCGAUGAACAAACUUGUGUCAUGAAAUUCGGCAGUUGGACAUAUGAUGGAUUCCAGGUUGACUUACGGCACAUUGAUGAACUAAACGGUACCAAUGUGGUUGAGGUUGGUGUGGAUUUAUCAGAGUUUUAUACAUCCGUUGAAUGGGACAUAUUAGAAGUACCUGCUGUAAGAAAUGAAAAAUUCUAUACGUGCUGCGAUGAGCCGUACUUGGAUAUCACGUUUAAUAUCACAAUGCGCCGUAAAACGCUCUUCUAUACAGUUAAUCUCAUUAUACCGUGUAUGGGAAUCAGUUUUUUAACGAUUUUAGUAUUUUAUCUGCCAUCAGAUAGUGGUGAAAAAGUCUCAUUAAGCAUAUCCAUUUUACUGUCGUUGACUGUGUUCUUCUUGCUGCUGGCGGAAAUUAUUCCGCCAACAUCGUUAGUUGUGCCGCUUUUAGGGAAAUUUGUACUUUUUACAAUGAUACUCGACACAUUCAGUAUAUGUGUGACGGUGGUAGUACUAAAUAUACAUUUUCGCUCACCACAAACACACAUUAUGGCACCGUGGGUGCGAACAGUGUUUAUCAAUCAACUGCCACGGUUUCUGGUUAUGCGACGACCGCUCUAUCCCAUAAGUGAGAUGAUUAAAACAUCACGCCAACUGAUGCUACGCACAUGUAAUGGAUUCGAACUUAGGGAUCAAAUACCACCGCUGCCACCACCAGUAGCCUUAUCACGACUACACCAUAGUCCGCAUAAAACUUCACGUAGCACCUCGCCUCACCUGCAACACCGAGUACAAAGUCUCAACCUAUUGGACGAAAUCGGCGGACCAGGCGCCUUGGCUGCUGCUGGCAAUAUCGGCUUUGGUGCCACUUGUGUUCCAGCUGCCGCCACCAUAAGCGGCAAUUUUAUAUAUCCUUGUACGGUGAAUCAGGAAACCUCCACCACCAGUUCCCUGGUCGAUACGCUGCAUCACAGCCAGUAUCAGCAGACGGGCGAUUCGCUGCUCGACCAUCCCCUGACGCCAACGAAAUUUCGCCAGAAAACCUCAACAUCGGUGCAGACGAACGGCUUCGGUUGUGUGGAGUCGUCGACCUCGCAGUACAGCGGUUACGGUACCAUCCAUCAUCCGCCACAUCAUCAUCAACCCCUCUAUCAUAUGGGCCAAUCGGCCACCAAGUCCUCAUCCACCACCACCCUGCAUCAGCAACAGCAACAACACUCGCAUCCCUACCAUCUGUACCGUCAACAAUCCACUUGUUCGGCGAACUUUUCGCCAGUGCCUGCUCCCCUGCACCCGCAUCAACAGCACCAGUCAACUACGACAUGUGACCUGAUAGGCAAUACAAAUUCGAAUGUGAUAAAAUCGACGACUACGGUGAAUUCGGUGGCCACAGCCUCAACGCUGGCCGGUUCGUGUUGUAGCGUCAGCGGUACGGUGCAAAUACAUCAGGGCCUGGGUACGGGGGCGGCAUGUGAAUCGGCUGCGGCGACAGCGACUGGUGGCCAAUCGGCAGCGGCCGGGACAGCAAAUCGCCAGAGUGCAGCCGUACAGACCAAUCCAACUGCCACUGCCCGUGCCGAAGUUCUGCCCGAAUGUCAGCGUGAGGGUGGUCCCCAUUGUUGUGAGGUGAAGGAGAAGAAGCUGAGAAAUCGCUGGCACAAAUGUCCCGAACUGACAAAGGCCAUGAAGGGCGUAACCUACAUAGCCGAUCAGACGCGCAAAGAGGAGGAGAGCACAAGGGUCAAAGAAGAUUGGAAAUUUGUGGCCAUGGUACUGGAUCGUCUUUUCUUAUGGAUUUUUACAAUUGCCGUUGUGGUUGGCACGGCUGGCAUUAUUUUGCAGGCCCCCACGCUCUACGACACACGCAUACCCAUCGAUGUUAGAUUAUCUGAAAUUGCAUCGACCACAGCCAAGCCGAACGCUGCCAAGCCCGUGUUGUAAAUACUUAUGAAAUGUAAAAGUAGAAGAAGAAGAAGAAAAAUGUCCGAAUAACAAAAAAACAACAAUUGAC